AGUGAGCGAUCCUCCAACGAUUGGCCAUCAGUUUGUCUUAAGCCAGUGAUAAGAGCGCAGUGAGCAGCAGCUAGCUUGUGUGUUUGGGGAUUCAGUUUUGUGCAACAUGGUCGAAAUGAGCUUCCUGAGGAUAUUUCUGGCCCUGUUCGUCUUUGGCUGCAUUACCACCGUGAUCGAUGGUGAGGAGGUUGCCGGUGGCCAGACGGGUGCGAUAGAAUCGGGCGGAUCCACACCGAUCGAGCCGGGCGCUUCGUCACCAUCGGAUGGAGUUGCCGUGGGUGUGCAGGGUGGCGACAAGAAGAAUGCUAAGCGUCAUCUUUCGUUCGGCUUUGGACAUGGGUACGGUGGAAGCGUAGGAUUUUCGGCCGGUGUCGGUGGAUACGGAUCGGGCGUUGGAGUAGGCUAUGGCUCGGGCGUUGGAGUGGGUUAUGGAUCGAGCAUCGGCUACGACGGAUAUGGUACCGGGUACGGCAGCUACGGGUACGGUGCAGGCUACGGUGGUCGAUUCCGUGGCUAUGGAGGUUACGGUGGGUACGGUGCGAGCUAUGGUCUCGGUUACGGUGGGUACGGAGCGGACGGGUUCCAUUCCGGGUUCCAUGCACACUACACGAAACCGAUCGUAACGGCCACCAUCAAGGAACACAUCCCGAUCGCCGUUCCGAAACCGUAUCCAGUGUUUGUGAAGAAAACGGUCCCGGUACCGGUACCGAUCCACAAGCCCGUACCAUAUCCGGUGUACGUGAAGAAAACGGUUCCGGUUCCGAUCGUUGUAUCGCACCCGGUUCCGGUACCGAUCACGAAGCACGUGCCCGUACCCGUCCCCCAGCCUUAUCCGGUGUCCGUUCCGCAUCCCGUGCCGGUGAAGGUACCGACGCCCGUGGUCGUAACUAAGCCGGUGGUCGCUUACUCACCCGCCAUCGUCAGCACACCGAUCGUCAGCACACCGAUCAUCAGCACACCGAUCGUUACCAGUGCCGGGCACAUUUCCGUCAGCGAUCAUGGCUUACAUCAGACGCACCACUCGCACAGUCACUAUGGUGGUGGAGCGUACAAGGCGUACAGUUCCGGUACGGCCGGUCUGUACACGGGCAGCACCGGUGGGCAUUACGGAUCCAGCGGCCACUUCGGAGGACAUCAGUACGGAAGUGUCGGUUCGUCCGGAGCACACUAUGGAGGGCUGUACGGUGCGCACUAUGGAGCCGGCGGUAGCCAAUAUUCGGGCCAGCUAAGCGCCGGAGUCCUUUGCGAUCACUAGGGCAAUCAUCAGUAGCAUCCUAAGGCGGGAGCAUUUCGCAUGGCACAGAGUAGUUGUAGUUUGCGUAGUGGUCUAAGUAAGUUUAAGAAGCUCCGAAGCUUAGCUCAGCUUCGAACGUUUCGAACUCGCACAAGCAUCCGAACCUGAAGCUUGCUUAUCAUCAUCAUCGUUAGCAGUCAAUAUGUAGAACAGAGUUUUUAAAAAAUACAUACAAUUCGUUACCACUGUUGCUCUUGUUA